UCACAGUGUGGAUAAGCUUUUUUCGUUUUCAGGUUUCCAUCACAAACGUUUGAAAACAAUGCAAGUCUCUCUUCUGAAUUUUGUCCUCUCAUGAAGGACAUUUUCUAACUUUGAUACCAUUUCUCCUCUCUCUUUCUCUCUUUUGUUGCAUUUCCAUUUCCAUUUCCAUCCAUGGCUGCUCUCACCUCUCUGUCUUUCUCAGCAGUGACUCAAUGCUCAGAAAGAAAAGCCACUCUAUCCUCCACUCGUUUCCUUGCUUCCAAUUCUGAGGUCUUUAGGAUUCGAACCGACUUCUCUUACCAUUAUGGGGGUGUUCGAGCUUCCAAUUCUUCAUCUAAAAUGGUUAUUCAAUGCAUGUCUUCUGAGACAGAUGUUCCUCCCCCUGUUUCCGAGACAAAGUUAAGUUUUCUUAAGGCAUAUAAGCGACCAAUCCCUAGUAUCUACAACAAUGUCCUGCAAGAGCUGAUUGUCCAGCAACAUUUAAUGAAAUACAAGGCAUCAUACCGGUAUGACCCUGUGUUUGCUCUUGGUUUUGUCACUGUAUAUGAUAAACUCAUGGAGGGGUACCCUAGUGAUGAGGACAGAGAUGCCAUCUUCCAAGCCUACAUCAAUGCAUUGAAGGAAGACCCAGAACAAUACAGAAAAGAUGCACAAAAGUUGGAAGAGUGGGCCCGGGCUCAAAACCCAACUUCCCUGGUUGAGUUUUCAUCCAAAGAAGGAGAAGUGGAGGGGAUCUUAAAGGAUAUUGCAGUAAGAGCAGGGGGAAAGGGUGAAUUCAGUUAUAGUCGUUUCUUUGCUGUAGGCCUCUUUCGUCUUCUUGAGUUGGCAAAUGCAACGGAACCAACAAUUUUGGAAAAGCUUUGCGCGGCUUUGAACAUUGACAAAAGAAGUGUUGAUCGGGACUUGGAUGUGUAUCGUAAUCUGCUUUCUAGGUUGGUUCAAGCUAAAGAGCUGCUAAGGGAAUAUGUUGACAGGGAGAAGAAGAAAAGAGAAGAAAGGGCCGAGCCACAGAAGGCUAAUGAGGCCGUUACAAAAUGUUUGGGGCAUCAAUUGUCUGUCCUGUAGUCUUCUGAAACAGUCUCCUGGUUAAGACUUCUUAUCCUUGACAUGCAUUUUUCUCGAUCCUAUGAGUUGGAUAAGCAGAGAAAAUGCUUGAUUUCCCAUAUUGUACUUAGGUAAAAUGUAAUCUUUUAUCAUGGUUAGACACCAACCCUUGUUUCCCCAAAACAACAAUUCACCCGGCCAUCACCGUUGCAUGUAUUUUCUCCUACCAGUUAGUACAAAUGUAUUACUUCUCAAACGCAAGCUGAAGGCAUAUAUUCUGCCCAUAGUUUCGUGUUUUCUUUCUUUUCUCCCCCAACAUUUAUGUGUGUGCACUGCACAGACACACACAGAGACUCACCAUUUGAAAUCAAUUUUAUAAUUAAUUUGCUGUCAUUAAUAACUAA